UAUUUUUUCUUUUAUUCUUUUAUUCUUUUUGUCCCGCAAGACUUUUACAUUCCAUCGUCCUACCCUGGUUUUGCUUUUGACCGAGUUUUCCCUUCUCUCCACUCGGUUGCGUUCACACGCACAGACAUACAGCUGUCACACACACACAUACGCACGCGCAUACGCACAUACGCAGCCAAAGGAUGAUCGCAGGUUCGAGCAUCCGCCGUUCUUCUUCGAAGCCUUCUCGAAGGUCGUUCGCGCUGUGGCUUUGCAUUUUUGCCACCCUUUUCACGACGCUUGCCGCUCCUGCGCUGGCCGCACCAGUGCGCAACCGUCGCCAUCGCGCAAAGCCAUUGCCAGAUGAGAGUUUUCUCACACCGUUCCAAGUGCGUCGGACUCGAUUCGACCAGGCUGCCGAUGGCUCUGUCUUGGAUGAUCGCCGCACGCUGGUUUAUGUUGCGAUCGAAGUCCACAACUCGCAGAUCAAGCUGAACGACCGGAUUGUCAACCCCGAGGGAGCUGCAAGUGAAGGUGCUCGGCUCGACGUCGACGCACUUGUCAUCGACAAGUCCCCAGAGGGCUUGGUGCUCGAGCGCGCAGUGGUGACUGUGUCCGUGGAAGUGCAUGCCGGCUUUGACACUGUUCGGGCAUUGAACGAGGCAACUGGAUUGCCCUCGCUCAGCCGACGACUGCUCGUUGCCGUCCGUGUCCUCGAAAUUGCCAAUGUGCGCGCUGUGCAUGUGGAUUUGCAGCAAGUUUCCAUCCUGUUUGACGACCACGGCCACGAGCGAUCGCGAAGCAUGGUUGGCAUUGGCAUGCAUGACGAUGACAAUGACCAAGAGUUGAGCGAGUCUCCCAGCGAACCGCAAGUUCCCCAGGAGGUGGUCGAUCAAGAUGACGCACCAGGCUGCAACAGCACUUGCGUGUCCUUCCCAUGCCGCUGGACCCGUGCUCCUCUCAUCGUCAAAGUCAUGUUUGUCAUGGGCACUUCUUGCAUUUGCCUGAUCGCUCUCUACUUUGUCGUGUCGCGGCUAUGUUGCAAUCCCGCAAACAAGGCGCGCGCAUCAAGGAAUAACUAUGGCAAGAAUCUUCUCGUCGCGCAUCCGACAGUCCAGUAUACCAUGCUCCUGAAUACCUUUGAUGAAGAGCUCCAAAAGUAGCCUCGGUGAUCCGUGUUGAAACCCUCGCGCUCGUUUUUUUUUUUUUUUUGUUUUGGUGUCCCUCUCGCUCCUCCUCUCUCUGUCCCACCUCUCUCUUUGAUAGACGAAGGUGUAAACUCCUCUCUGUACCUUUAUCUUUGAUAGACGAAGGCGUAAAUUUGUGAAUAUUUAUAAAUCUUUGAUAGACG